GGGAGCCGCGCGGCGCGCUGUCAGUCUCUGGGCUCGGCGGCGGCGCGGUUGCGGCGCGGGUCCGGGCGGUGCGGGCGGCCCCGGGCACCAUGGACAACAAAGAGCUCAUCGGCUACUUUAAGUCUCAGAUGAAAGCGGACUCCGACACCGCCUCGGCCGUGGCCGCCAUCCGGACUCUGCUGGAGUUCCUGAAGAGGGACAAAGGGGAGACCAUCCAGGGCCUGCGAGCGAAUCUCACGAGCGCCAUAGAAACGCUGUGUGGUGUGGACUCAUCUGUGGCUGUGUCUUCCGGUGGGGAGCUCUUCCUGCGUUUCAUCAGCCUUACCUCCCUGGAGUACUCGGAUUAUUCCAAGUGUAAAAAGAUCAUGAUCGAGCGGGGAGAGCUGUUUACCCAGAGAAUCUCGCUGUCGAGAGAUAAGAUCGCAGAUCUGUGCCAUACUUUCAUCAAAGACGGGGCGCGCAUCCUGACUCACGCCUACUCCAGAGUGGUCCUGCGUGUCUUGGGGGCGGCCGUGGCGGCCAAGAAGCGUUUCAGCGUCUACAUCACGGAGUCCCAGCCGGAUCUCUCCGGCAAGAAAAUGGCCAAAGCCCUCUGCCAACUCAACGUCCCGGUUACUGUGGUCUUGGAUGCGGCCGUGGGCUACAUCAUGGAGAAAGUCGAUCUUGUCAUUGUCGGGGCUGAAGGCGUUGUUGAAAACGGCGGGAUCAUUAACAAGAUCGGAACCAACCAGAUGGCUGUGUGCGCCAAAGCACAGAAUAAGCCUUUUUAUGUGGUGGCAGAAAGUUUCAAGUUUGUUCGGCUCUUCCCGCUAAACCAGCAGGACGUCCCAGAUGAGUUCAAGUACAAGGCCGACACGCUGAAGUCUGUGCAGACGGGCCAGGACCUCCGGGAGGAGCAUCCGUGGGUGGACUACACCUCGCCUGCGCUCAUCACUCUGCUCUUCACGGACCUGGGGGUGCUGACGCCCUCAGCCGUCAGCGAUGAGCUCAUCAAGCUCUACCUCUGACCUGAGCCCGGACAAGCAGCCAGUUUCCUCACGUGGAGGUUUACAGGAAAGACGUCAGGAGAAUUUUCUGUUCAUCGUCAUCGAAUGUGUUCAUGGUUGCCCUUAAAGCUGAAUCUUGCUCACGGUUUCCAGAAACUCCCAUUUCAGGACUCGCCUGGUUCACAAAUGACUGAGUACGUCCCUACUGCCCGAGCUCUGGACUGCCUUCAGAAGCCUCAGGGGAGACGCACCUGGGGAAGCCGUCUCCCAGUGCAGCCACUUUGCAGGCACCGUGGCACUCAGUUCCAGUGUCCUGCAGGGCUCCCAUCUGUGCUUGAUGGCACAGGCCCAAGGCGGGCAGCAGGCAUCAGCUCCCCCGGGACAGUGCACCUUCCAGAGUAUCUGAGAAUGUUGCCUCUGUAAAAGGGCCACGGUGCUGUGGAGUCUGGUGGGCCAGAAGCCACACUGGAAGCUCAGAACACACGGGAAUGGGGAAAUGUCUUUGGUGCCUUGGGGUCAGGGACCAGAGUGACAGUACAGCAGCCACAGCGUUUGCCUUGCUCAGACCGACCCAUGUUCAAUCCCUGGCAUCCCAUAUGGUCUCCGAGACUGCCCUGAGAAUCACUGGCUGUGGCCUAAAUACCAAUGAGAAAGGUCAGAGUGCACGGUGGGGAGGGCGCUUAUCCUGCAUGUGGCUGAACUGGGUUUGAUUGCUCAUGCAACCCAGCCCACCAGGAGUGACCCUUGAAUACAGGGCCAGGAAUAAGUCCUGAGCACUGCUGGGGUGGCCCAAGAAGUAGAAAGAGCCACAGUAAAACCAAAUCCUUUAAUUAGAAAAAUACUGCUAUCUGUUCCUGCCAGUCACUGUCCGUGUCCUGUUGGGUUGUGUGCGCUGUGGGCAGCGCUGCGUCCAGCACGAGACACCCCCAGUCUCUCACUCAGCCUUGGUGGCCAACAGGGCAAGCUGGUCUUCAGGCCAGCCCUCUGUUCCUCCUCAUUCGCCCUCCAAGUCUGAGGUCCCACAGC